UUCCUAGUAGAAGGGAUGAGAAUAGUAAUCGAGAUAAUGUAAAUAGUGCCGUUGGACAUAGCUUAGCUAAUGUAAAUGAUGUGUGUGGAGAUUCGGGUAAUAACACGAAUGAUGCAAAUGAAAAUUUAAGUAAUGUGACUUACUCAUCUUCAUCUGAAGGUGGCUUCCCUAAGCCAUAA